UAUCAGUCGCAUGCUUUGAGAGUUGAAGUAAAUCUAUAUAAACGAAGCUCCAAAGGUUUUGAAACGGGUUUGAAGGCGAGCAUUACAAAAAUGAAUGGACUAUUUCAGCGAAUGAUAGUUCUUGUAGCUGUUAUCUACAGUGCAAAGGCUAUUGACAAAGCGUGCCCUUUCAAACCAGUCGACAUCACUUUUGUUCUUGAUGGUUCAGGAAGUGAAGGUCAUGCAAAUUUCAACAAACAACUCCAGUUUGUUUCAAACAUAACGAAGCAAUUUGAAAUUGGUGAGAAUAAUACCCGUGUCUCGUUGGUCACGUUCUCUACAAAAGCUCACAAUGAGUUCUUUCUGAACCAGUAUUACAAUAAGGCAAAGCUACUGUCACAUAUAGCAAAUGCAGCAUAUCCGAAUGGCGAAACAAACACACACAGCGCAAUCCACUUUGUAUCACAUCACACACUGUCUCCGAAUCACGGCGCUGAGAGAAAUGUGACAAAGCUUGUCAUUGUGUUGACAGACGGACAAUCAUCACAUCCAGCGUUACUUCAGCACGCAAUUUCUAACUUAAAUAACAAUCCUCUUGUCACAACAAUAGCCGUUGGAAUUGGGAAGGCAGUAGAUCCAAAAGAACUACAAAUGAUUGCCAGUGAUUCAAACCACACCUUCCAAGUCAGCUCGUUUGAUGCCCUCCACACCAUUCAAAACGAACUCACUGACACUGCAUGUAAAGUCUGUAACAAAAUGGUGUCAAAUGUUUGUUUCGUCCUUGACUCCUCUGGUAGUGAGGGAGCUAUCAAUUUUCACAAACAACUGGAGUUUGUAAAUAUGGUUGUCAAUGAAUUCUCGUUCGGACAUGGUGCCAAGACACAUGUCUGUCUUAUCACAUUUGCUUCUGGUGCCUUUCACGAGAUACAUCUCAGACAAUACCAUGACAAGAAUUCUAUUAUGACAAACGUUCUUAAAGUACCAUGGAGGAAUGGUGAAACAAUGACGGACAAAGGGCUUACCGCUGCCAAACAAGAGCUUAGCCACAGCCAUGGAAAUAAAGUGGCAAUAGUGUUAACAGACGGAAAGUCAAGUAAUCCAGCAUUGACAAAACAGGCAGCGAACAGUUUACACAGGCAUGGCAUCGAGACCUUUGCAGUAGGAAUAGGGCGACAUGUCAACAAUGAUGAAUUGGAGGUUAUUGCUUCUAAUAACAGGCACGUGUUUACGGUUGGUACAUUCGACCAGCUUGCACACAUCCAUCAACGUGUUGUCAACAGAAUCUGCGCAAAUGCUAGAAGACAACAUACCCAGACAACAGCCACAGCCGCCACAAAAAGACCUCAUACCACGAGAAAACAUGCGACUAAACUGCCGACAACAGCGAGGACUACGACCACAACCACCACCACAACACCAUUGCCUCCUACCACACCAAAACCCGCAUGCAGUCUCAAGCCAGCAGACAUUGUUUUUGUCGUUGACUCGUCCGAAAACCAAGGUGUUGACAACGUCAAAACAGCUGCGGACUUUGUUUAUGAUUUUGCCACCAAUUUUUCUACUGAUUCCAAUAACGUCCAGUUCAGUGUUGUGACCUUCUCAUCUGAUGUUCGCAAUGGCUUUUUCUUUAACAAGUACAAUUCCAGGCCAAGCGUUCUUCACGCUAUACGAAAUAUCCAGUAUAUGGGACAUGGGACCAAUACAUCCGGUGCUCUAAAUUUCGUGCGCACACAAAGUCUACUUCCGGCAAACGGCGCCAGGACUAAUGCCUCAAAGUUUGUAAUAGUUGUUACCAACGGACGAUCUGACAACCAAGUCCAAACCAAACACGAGGCGCAACUGCUACAGAAACAAGCGGAAGUAAUCUCUGUGGGUAUCGAACCGGUUGAUGACCAGGCAGAGCUAGCCAACAUAGCUUCGAACCACCUCGUUGUAACAGGAAACAGUGACGCAUUGAUUAAAAUUAUUAAAACUCGAUUAACUGAUCCAGUGUGUGCAUUAGGAAGCAUGCAGAACUUGAAAUUUAAAAGAGAGCCGACAAAUUUGUUAACACUUUUGCAUUUGAGAAUGAAUAUAACAACAAUGAAUGGGAUAUUUCUAUGUUUUCUAGUCAUUGGCACAGUUUGCUACAGCGCCAAUGCUAUUGAUAAAGCAUGCCCUUUCAAGCCCGUCGAUAUUAUCUUCGUUCUUGAUGGUUCAGGCAGUGAGGGUCAAAACAAUUUCAAUAAACAGCUUGAGUUUGUUUCGAACAUAACCGAGCAAUUUGAAAUCGGUGAGAAUGAUACCCGUGUCGCGUUGGUCACGUUCUCUACCGCAGUUCACAACGAAUUCGACCUGAACCGGUACUACAAUAAGACAGUGCUUCUGUCACACAUAACAAAGGCAGGGUAUUAUAACGGGGAAACAAACACACAUUUGGCACUCCAAUAUGUGCGUGUACAUACAUUGAAUCGUCACAGAGGUGCUGAAAGAAAUGUGACAAAGCUUGUCAUCGUGUUGACAGACGGACGAUCGUUAGAACCAAGCAUGCUCGAGCGCUCUGUCCAUGAUUUGAAGAGAAACCCUCUUGUCACCACAAUAGCCGUUGGAAUAGGGAACUCAGUAGAUCCAAAAGAACUACAAAUGAUUGCCAGCGACUCAAACCACACUUUCCAAGUCAGCUCUUUUGAUGCCCUCCACACCAUUCAAAACGAAGUCACUGACACGGCAUGUAAUGCUUGUAACAACAUUCAGUCCGAUGUUUGUUUCGUCCUUGACUCCUCUGGUAGUGAAGGCGCUGUUAAUUUUCACAAACAACUCGAGUUUGUAAAUAUGGUUGUGAACGAAUUCCCGUUCGAAGCUGGCACACAAACACGUGUCUGCCUUAUCACAUUUGCUAAUAAUGCACGAUAUGAACUGCGUUUGAAAAACAACUAUGACAAGGAAACCAUAAUGGCAAAUGUUCUAAGAGUACCAUGGAGCAAUGGUGAAACGAUGACGAACAAAGGUCUCGAUGCUUCUCGAGCCGAGCUUCACCACGGUCAUGGAAAUAGAGUAGCAAUUGUGUUAACUGACGGACGGUCAACUGAACCAGAUUGGACAAAACGCUCAGCAGAUAAUUUGCACAGGGGCGGCGUUGAGACCUUUGUCGUAGGAAUUGGUAACAACGUGGAUAAUAAUGAAUUAAAGAUCAUUGCUUCUGAUAACGACCAUGUGUUCAAAGUUGCCUCAUUCGAUCAGCUGGCACAGAUCCAUCGAAAUGUUGUCGACAAAAUCUGCGUAGCUGCUAACAGGGUGACAACAACAAUAUCAACCACGACCACUACAACAACAACAACAACCACUACACUGCCUCCUACCACAACAAAAGCAGCUUGCGGUCUUAAGCCGGCAGACAUCAUCUUCGUCCUGGACUCAUCCGACAGUGAAGGUGCUGACAACUUCAAGAAAGAGGUGGAGUUCGUUUAUGCUUUUGCCGCACAAUUUUCCAUUGGUACCAAAAACGUCCAAUUCAGCGUUGUCACAUUCUCUUCUGAUGUCCGUAAUGAUUUCUUCUUUAACAAGUAUAAUUCCAGAAACGCCGUUCUUCAUGCAAUACGUAACAUUCAGUAUAUAGGACAAGGGACGAAUACAUCCGGUGCUUUAAAUUUUGUGCGCACGGAAACUCUUCUUCCGGCGAAUGGCGCUAGGACAAAUUCCUCCAAGUUUGUUAUAGUCAUCACCGACGGACGAUCCGACGACCAGGAUCAAACCAAACACGAAGCGCAACUUCUACACAGACAGGCGGAGGUUCUCUCUGUGGGUAUUGGACCAGGCGUUGACAAGGCAGAGUUGGCCAACAUCGCUUCGAAUCAUCAUGUUGUAACAGUGAACAGUUUUGCGUUGCUUAAAACUAUUAAAAGACAGUUAACUGAUCUAGCUUGUGAGUCGGGAUAAUGUAAUGUAUUAACAUGUCUAGAAAGUAAAAUUUAGGACAUUG